AUGGAAUUGUCGAGACCAUCACUUGUGUCUAUCUGUAAUGGUGAUGAAUGCGCUUUCCUUUCUUGGUCGUCGGUAAUCAACGCGACUCAAUAUGAAGUUGAAGUUAAACAUAAUAACACUGGAGUAACAACUCUUUAUUGUACAACUUCCACAAGUUUCUUAAUCACAAAAUUGGAAAAUGGAGAAUUUUAUAUAGUUCAAGUAACGGCAUUAAAUAAUAUUGAACGAAGUGAAUCGUCUAUUGGUGUUAUGUUAAGACCAAAAUUACGUCAAUCUUUAUCUAAACUUUUCGCUAGGUCCACUGAACAACAAGGUCGAAUUAGACUACAAUGGACGUCUACUCCAACUGACUGUGGUUUUCAAAUCGAACGAUGUAAUAUUGGUGAUACAAGCGGAUAUAAGCGUAUCGCAUGGCUUCCAUUUAAUAACAUAAUGGUAUAUGAAGAUCAAACUGAUUGUCUGCCAGAAUGCCUUUGUCCUGGACAUUAUUAUACAGUUGCAUUUCGUGAUACAGCAUGGUCAUCUGGUGCAGGAGUAUUAAGUAGAGGUUCAUCAUAUGGUACAAGCAAUGCAACAAUAAUACACAUCAUAAAGGUACGAGUUCGUCCAACAGAGGCCAUAUGCCAGUUGGAGACUUCUGAUGAAGUCCUUAUUGGAGAUUUUUUGACUGAUGUUUGGUUGAAAUCGGGUCUUGAUCAGCCGUCCAACCAUUACUAUCUGAUGUUUGCCGGACAAGAACUCAACCUCGAUGAGACCAUAAGAAAUUCGGGUCUGCUUGAUGCAGUAGGCUGUAAUGAUGAAAACUGUCCUGAACUACGAUUAAAAUUCUUAUAUAAACUUGAUGAAUCGGCUCAUCUUGCAACAAAUAUCGUACUUACUUCACUUGAAGAACUUGUUUAUAAAGAUGUUUUCGAAAUAUCCUAUUGUCCAACACAACAACAGAUCAUGCCUGAAAUCUUAGAACCAUCGGUGAAAAGAAUUAAUGAAAAUAAAUCACAAUCCUUAAAAUAUUCAUUAAAUCUAAUUUCGAUGCCUGUUUUUACGAAACAAGUGAUCGAUGAGUUGCCAUCAUUGUAUGUUACUGUACCACUCAAACCAACUGAAUUUGACUCGAAUGAAUUUUUACAAUGCUUAGCCAAGGAUCUUGAAAUUGAUCGAAAUGAUAUGUUUUUAAUGAAUGUUCAAGAGGGUAGUACCAGAUAUCAGAUCAAGUUCAAAACUAAAAUAUCAUUAUGCCUAGAAAAAAUGAAAAAAAUUGCUGAGAAAAUAAAGGUGAUCGUUCUUCCAUCAAGCAAAAGCGCCGAGUUCAUUGCUAGACAGAAAUCAUUAGGAAACAUUGAAGAAAUUCCGAGAAUUGAUAUCAAAUUAGAUGACGUGGCUGAAAAUGCAGACUCUGUCUUGGCCAAAACAUUGGCAUCUGAUGAUAUCGAUGCGACUCUUGCAAUUAUGCAGCGACCAGCAAUUGUUGAUCCACCUAUAUGGGAAUACCUCACUCAGAAGAGUCGCAAAAUUAGUAGUGGCAUUUUACAUGCUUUUCAAACAUCGCCAGUUGAAUAUGUCAUUGAAAGUAUGUCACUUGUUCAUAAUGAAGAACUUUAUCACAAAUACAACAAUUAUGCAGUUGAGGGUGAAGAAGCGAUACUCUUCCAUGGAACGAAAACAGACUAUCUCGACGGUAUAUUUAGUACGAAUUUUAAGACUUUUUAUACAAGCGGUUCACAUCAUAUUACCGAUUCAGGCUAG